UACAUAUAUGAAUUAAAUAAAGAACUUCCUCAUUGUAAGCGAUAAACCUGUCAAUCGGGUUCAGUGUUUCUCAUAUCUCAGACUGACGAUUAGUUAAAUAUAAAAUACUAAGUCUAAUAACUUUAACUAUAUAAUAUCCACUGUUAUUAGCAUGAUAAAAUUGCAAAAUGAAGGAAUAUAGAUUUCAUGAAGGAUGUCUUGACCACAAAUGGCAAAGUUCCUACCGUCGAUUAUGGAUGGUAAUGAAGAACAAUGUUAUUUUUAUAUUUAGAGAUCGACCGUUCAUACCAGAAAAUCAUGAAGGCACCUUAACAAUAGACCCAACAACAAAGUUUGAGGUUAGACCAGAAAAAGCUAACAAUUACAAGUUUAUAUUGUAUACGGGUAACAGAAGAAGAAUAAAUACAUUUAAGAGUGACAAAAAGUCAGAAAGAGAUUUAUGGAGAGGCUAUAUAGUUGGUGUUGCUAGGCAAAAAGUGCCAGAUGAUCUUGAUCUUCCAAGAGAUAUUAUUAACAAGAUCAAACAAGAUGUUGGUAACUACCACUUGCUCAAUGGUUCAGACCCUCCAGCUCAAUUUGACGUCGUUAGCCAAAAGAGCAACACUGAAAAUAGUCCAAGACAAUCUAUGAAUAGCGGUAGAUCUAACCCCAACAGAAAGAGUGUAUUAUCUGACGACAGUGGUGUCAUUAGUCAUAGAUCUCAUUCCCGAUCUAGUGGCAGUGGAUCCUUGACAAUAGAUGGUGUUGGUGGUGGCCCAGUUAUGAGACACAAGUUUUCAAACCACCAAGAUGAUACUGUUACCCCUAGUUGGUUCUUUGAGGCUUGUACCAGAGAAAAAGCUGAAUCAUACUUAGCCAUAGCAGCAGAAAGAAAAUAUGGCGAUACACUUAUGAGGGAAAGCAACAGAUUCAAACAAGAUGGCAGUUAUGUUAUAAGUAAAAGAAUUGUGAAACAAGGGAGGUCUUCCAUAGAACAUUAUGAAGUUAUAAGAGUGGAGAGAGGCUACAAGAUCAAAGUUGAAAAUCAACAUGAGGCAAUGAGAAAUUUAACAAAUGUGAUGAAUUACUUUGUAACAACAUCAGGAACGUAUGGUACCAACCCUCUUACCACUAAUCGAUUGGGUGACUUUGGUAUGGUUGAAGACCCAUAUAAUACUGGAAGAUUACAACCUGCAGAUACAGUAGCUGACAUACUGAAUGAACCACCACCAGAUUAUGAAGAACCAGUUCAGUCCAGACCACAGCUCAUAUCACGUCAAGGGCACAAAACUGUUACACCUUCAAGUGCCAAAUCAAGUUACAGUGAAGAAAGUUCUGUUAAUUACCAGCAAGCACGCCAUUCAUACAACACAACAAGAGCAGCUAGUGAUUAUAAAGUACGAGCAGGGAAGCCAUCACUGGAUGAUAUCCAGACAAACAUCAAAGCAGCAGCUGCUAUAGAUAUGUUUGAUAAAACAAUCGACCCAUUUGAUGAACCUGCCAGGGCGGAGGAUUACAUUAAUCUACAAGAUCUACAAAGACAAGAAGACUUUCCUUUAUUUCCGGCACCCCCUGUGCCACACACAGCUGUGCCCCUGCCACCAGCACCUCACCAACCUAUUCCAACCAAAUCAUAUGUCAAUGAGGAGCCAACAAUACCACCUGCACCCCCACCACCACGACAUGAGAGGGCUAAGUCGGUGCCAAAUUUGGCUCAACAACUACAAAAUGCACAACUAAUCCCAGUGUUGGAUAAGAAAGCUGUUACAAACGCACCACCUCCAUCUGUAAAACAUGUAAAUAGUACACCACAGUUUCAACCAGUUAACAAUUUUGGGGAUGGUGUCCCUACCCCACAACAGUUAGGUCUCAGAAAAACUGAUACUACAAAGCCAGAUCCAUCAAAGGGUGCGAUCAUGAGAUCUCCGGAAAAAUCACCUGUCAUGCAUUCCAUUUCUGUUCCAUCUCCACAACAAAUGGGUCUUAAACCUGCUAGAAAAAGUGUGUCUUUAGACAGUGAACCAGAGAAAACUAAUGAUGGACCAGCAAUUGAUGUGUCUCACCCAGGAGGUGUAUCUUCCAUAAAAUCUAGAUUUGAGAAGAUAGUAAAUGUAACACCACAAAAACAAUUGACAGGUGUUGGAUCUGUAACUAAUCAAGCCUCUCAGCCUACUGCUUGUCCUAACACUUCGGAUCAUUCCUACCUAAAUACACAGAGCCAACCAAGUAAUGAAAAUCCUUAUGAUGAUGCAAAAACACCAGUAGCAUGUGGAAGACAAAGGUCUAAGAGCACACCUACCAUCAGCCCUGAGAUAAGAGAACAAUUAAAAGUUUCCAGACUAGCUCCAGAACAGUCAUUUAUGAGACAUUUAAACGAUAUGCUUGGUGGACAGCAGCAAAAAAAAUCCACCAUUCCAGCAAUUCCAGGCCGUAUACCUCAAAAUUUCAUAGAGGAUGACGAUGAUCUGUAUGACAAACUGCCUGAAACAGAUGGAUAACUUAACAUAUGCAUGAUCAAACAUCAGUUAGUUGUAAAAACAUUUAUGCAUAUUGUUGUAAUGUUAGUUACUGGACUUUUUUUUAACCAAAACAAUCAAUGAACAGGGUUUUGUCUAAUAAGAUUGACUUGUGAAGUCAAUCAACCCAGUGACUUACUUAGUAUGUUAUUUGAAGUAGAAAAUUAUUUAAAUUAUUAGGUUAAUUUAUUGUUGAAAUAUAAGGUUUUUAAAUCAUCUUAGCAAAACCCUAGUAAGUUGUAUGAAACUGUGGCAAUAUUUUGUUUUAUGAUUAAGAAAUAAUUUCUGAAGCAAAAUUUGGAAUAUAUGUUUUUCUUAAUUCAGUAUUUUACUCAUAGAUGGACAUAGUUUUAUGCAGUUAACAAAUAGACCUGCCAACUUUCCCGCUUUAUGGGGGAUAUCCCCCAUGAGAGGUGUUGACCUGACCCUUAUAAAACUCAAUGUGUGUAGACUAAAUACAUGUAAGAAGGCAUUCAGAACAGUGAAAAAUUCAUUUAAAUACAUGCAUGCCCAUUCAAAAUCAUAGAUGUUCUAAUUAAGUACACUAAUGACUUGUAUAGGUAUGCUUUAGGUCCUCUUGUGCUUGAAAUCCCCAAUGAAGAUUUUGAAAAAUUGGCAGGUAUGAAUUAGAUACACUCUGGGAUUUUAUAUUUUUAAACAUCAGUAACUUAGUUUAACCUUCAUGGAAUAUGUUAUGAAACUUUACAUAAAAGGUGGGUCACUUUUGUUGCAAACUUGCCCAGAAUCAUCACGAGAAAGUAUAUUUUUCCUUGGGAGAUCCUUUCUCUGAAUAGAUACAUGUAAUGCCUCAUGCCUGCAAACUAAAAAAACAAUAAAAAAAACAUUCAUUUAGAAUAAAAGAUUAAAAAUCCAGAGCCUUACAGUAAACUAGGAAAUAGUCAAAGUAAUGUUUGUCUUACCAGCAAUGAAAGCUAUAGAAUUGAAACUUAGGUUUGCUGUUUUCAACAUCAAUUGUGUCAAUGCUUGUUAAAGUGUGUUAUGAGGUUACAUAGUGGAGACAUAAAUCUGUGUUAAUCAGUUAAUGAGCUCAUCAGUUAAAACUGAAUAGCCUAAAAUCAGUAAUUUCAAAAUUAUUAAUCAAACUUUACAUUAAACGUGGGUCACCAUUGCUUUUCAUGAAAAAAAUUUACCACACAGUCAUAAAGCAGAUUUUCCAAACAGUUUUAUAAGCAAUUUGAGAAAAUAGUACAAAUUACAAUCGAAAUUAUUAUGCUACAAUCAUAGAAUUAAGAUUUAGUCAAAUGGUAAAAGGUUUUUAAGGUUUAUAUCUUCUUGAUUGAAUUAUUGACUUCUUAAAGUUGUAGUAUAUGUAAAAAAAUUACCUUCACCACUUUUUAAGGUUCAGGUCAUUUAUGAUGCCUUUGACCUUCACUUUUUCUUCAGGACAUAUCAGAUUAGUUUUGCAAAACAUAUUAUUCAAAUAUCAUAUUCAUAUUGAUAUGCAGGAUUGUAUGAGAAAUUUAAUUUAUCAUCUUCUCGCUUUAAUACCGCAAAUAGGCCAGUUACCAGACAAAUGUAUUGUGAUAUUUUGCUCCUUUUUUACGGCCAGUUAAAAUGUACACCUUAAGAAACAAGUUAAUUUCGUUUUUUUUUUUAGAUCAUUUGGUUUUGUAAUUGAAGGAAAAUUGCAUAGAACCAUAAGAGUAUUUGCAUUUAUUAUUUUUGCAACUUAUUGUUUGUUGUAUCAGCUGCUCAACUUCUGGUUAACCAAAACACAAAAAUGUAAAUAGAAAAUUGGGGUACUGCCGCCGUACCGGUAUAUAAACUUCUCUUAUUUUGACUAAAUUAUGCAUUUCUUCAAUUCUUGCAUUCAAAACUUUAAAGGUAAAUUAUAUAUAAUAUGUUAUAGGAUGCUGUUGAUAAUUUAUAUCCAUUUAACCUGAUCUGUAAAUACCAGUCUCUAACUCUCUAUGUAUGCUAUUUGAAUUGCAAUUAUUUGUUACCAUGACAAUUCUGAAUUGAGCUCUUUGAUUUUUAUUCAAGAUUUAUCGCACAUUUUCAUGAUGUAUGAUAAUUUCAUUAUUUGUAAGAUAUUUACAUUAUUUUUAUUAUUUCAUUGUUUUGAUAUUUUCAAAACAUUAGUGUUAUAAUUGUAUUUUGUUAUCAAGAUAUGUGAUAUAAAUAAAACUUGCAAAUGUUGUGAAAUAAAAUGAGUUUUUUUUUACUGUACUCCAUUCAGCUGUGAUAAUUCAGAUAUCAACAUUAUAACCAGGAUUUUUUACCAUAUAUAUACAUAUACAUAGAUGAUAUAUAUUGUACAGGGUUAAAAUUUAUUAUUACAUGGUCUUUUUUUGUUGUUAUUAUUACCAUUGUGCAUUUUAUUUGAAAGAAAUAAUACAACAUCUGUAAACAUUGAA